AUGCGAGAAAAUACUGCCAAUUUAUUUGGCGCAAAAAUCGUAACCCAGAUCGUGCCGUUGGACUUCACUAUUAAGUUGAAAUCAGAGAGGCAAAUGGCUCCAAAAGAUUCGGACAGUCAACUUGAAAGCGAUCACUGCUCCGUUCAUCUCGUUGGUUAUAUAUCGAAACCCAUGAAAGGAUAUGGUCGUGGGAAUGCAGAUAGACAAUAUUAUUUCAUCAACGGUCGACCUUGCACUUUAUCAAA